GUAUGGCUUUGUUUAUAUAAUAAAUAUCCCUCAAAUCCAUAGUCAUGGCUGAAACAAUCUUCAAAAUACCUGCUAUAUCCUCUCCUCCUUCACUCCCCUCCUCUCUCCGGCGUUCUGUGAGAAUGGCUGUCAAGGCUAUUCAUGUUUCCGACGUCCCGUGCCUUGAGAACGCCCCUCUCGCCCUCUACUCCACCGCAUGCUACUCCGAUGGCGUGGUUACGACUGGGACUGAAUAUCAGAUGCCAAAGUUUCCGGUCAUUGGGCACAGAGGGAACGGCAUGAACGCCUUGCAGUCGUCGGAUCGGAGAAUGCGAGCCAUCAAGGAGAACUCCAUCGUGUCUUUCAACGCCGCUGCCAAGUUCUCCGUCGAUUUCAUCGAGUUUGACGUUCAGGUGACAAAAGAUAACUGUCCAGUUAUUUUCCACGACGACUUCAUCCUUUCUCAAGAGAAUGGGACUGUGUUCGAGAAGAGAGUCACAGAUCUUUGUCUGUCGGAGUUCCUCUGCUAUGGUCCUCAGCGAGAUUUAGAGAAGGAAGGAAAACCAUUACUUAGGAAAACAUAUGAUGGGAAAAUAGUGAGCUGGAACGUUGAACAAGAUGACCCACUCUGUACCCUCCAAGAAGCGUUUCAGGAGGUGGAACCUUCGUUGGGUUUCAACAUUGAGCUGAAAUUUGACGACUACCUGGUCUAUGAGCAAGCCCAUCUCGUCCAUAAUCUCCAAGCUAUAUUGAAGAUCCUUUUCGAGUAUGCCAAGGACAGACCCAUCAUCUUCUCGACAUUUCAACCAGAUGCUGCACAACUCGUUGGAAAAUUGCAAAGCACCUAUCCUGUAUAUUUCUUGACUGAAGGAGGAACUGAACUAUACUACGAUGUAAGAAGAAACUCCCUGGACGAGGCUAUAAAACUCUGUUUGGAGAAUGGAUUGCAAGGAAUAGUGUCCGAUGUUGAAGCAAUAUUUAGGAACCCUGGAGCAAUAACAAGGAUCAAAGAUUCUAAACUUACUCUCCUUACCUAUGGAAAACUAAACAAUGUUUCAGAAGCAGUCUACAUGCAAUACCUGAUGGGGAUUGAUGGGGUAAUAGUUGAUUUUGUGGAAGAAAUAACAGAAGCAGUUUCAAACACAAUAAAGCAAUCAAAAGAUGAUGGAGAUGAAGAGGGUUUGGCUGAAGGGAAGGGGAAGACGCAUGUUAACUUAAAGCCUCAAUUCUCGCGGGAGGAAAUGUCUUUUCUUUUGAAUCUUAUUCCAAAAUUGAUGCAGCGCUAACCAAGACAUCCGUCUUGUAAUUUUAGCCUCUCUCUUACUUUAUUUAGUUCUGCAACUUUCCAUCCGAGUUUUUCUUUUUCUUUAAGCCUAAAAUGGCAGAGAAUGCCAUGCAAUGACAACAAAACCCAUGUACAUAUAUUUUCAGUCUAAUCUCUCUGGGAAUCAAAGUUUGACACAA